AUGAAGCUGAGAGGGUCCCUGGCCUGUCUCCUGCUGACCCUGUGUCUGGGGAGUGGGACAGCCAGCCCACUGCAGAAUGGAGGAGAAGGCAUAGGAGCAAGCGCUUCUCAAGGAAUGGGAGAUGCUGUUAGCCAGGGAGUUGGAGAGGCUGUGGGCCAAGGGGCCAAAGAAGCAGCCAGCUCCGGGAUCCAGGAUGCCCUUGGUCAGGGGCAUGGAGAGGAAGGCGGCUAUGCACUGAGGGGGGCCAGAGGGGAUGCUUUCGACCACAGGCUCGGGGAAGCAGCACGAUCUCUGGGGAACAGUGGCAACCAGGUUGGCAGACAGGCCGAGGAUGUCAUUCGACGCGGGAUGGACGCUGUCCACAACUCCGAGUCUUGGGGGACAUCUGGAGGCCACGGAAUGCUUGGCUCUCAAGGAGGCCAUGGUAAUCCCGGUGGUCAAGGGACUCCCUGGGCCUCACAAGGCAACUUUGGAACCAACUCUCUGGGUGGCUCUAUGGGUCAGGGUGGCGAUGGCAGGUCAUUCAACUAUGAGGCCAGUGCUCAGGGAGCCGUGGCUCAACCUGGCUACGGGUCAGUGAGAGGCAGCAACCAGAACUCAGGGUGUACCAACCCCCCACCAUCUGACUCCCGUGAAAGCAACUAUGGGGGAAGCAGCAGUGGUGGUGGCAAUGGUGGCCAUGGUAGCAGCAGUGGCAAUAGUCAAGGUGGCAGCAAUGGCAAUAGUCAUGGCAACGGUGGCCAUGGCAACGGUGGCCAUGGCAACGGUGGCCAUGGCAACGGUGGCCACGGCAAUGGUGGCCAAGGCAACAGUGGCAACAGUGGUUCUGGGUCCCGGGGAACUGGCUCGUCCUCAUCCUCGGGCAGCAGAGGUGGAAGUGGUGGUGGGAACAGACCCGAGGCACCAGCGGCCACCCCUUCCCGCCCAAUGAAGGCACCAGCAGCCAUCCCCUUCCCGCCCCGUGCAGGCACCGGUGGCCACCCCUUUCCGCCCCGUACAGGCACCAGCGGCCACCCCAUUUCUGCCCAGUGCAGACACCUGGAGUUUCUAGAAAGUAGAGAAAGCAGCCGUCUCCUUGGGGGCUCCCAUGACUACCAGGAGCAUGGGUACAAUGGGGACGAUGGGCGCAAUGAAGCUGUCAGUGGACUCAAAACCUUGAACUCUGACCCGUCUUCUUCGCCUUUCAACUUUGACAGUUUCUGGGAGGUAAGUUUGGCAAGCUUGCUCGGCACCACUGAGGAGAAGCAACCCCACUUCCUCAGUCCCCCACAUCCCAAGAAAAAGCCACGGCCUUGA